CGACAACAAAGCGUCGAUAAUCCAUCCUAGCGUUCUUCAAAAGCUCACACGAGAGCCUUCAUAAAAAGCAAGCCAAAAUUUCUCGAAUUCACACUUACUCUCAGGGAACUUCUCUAAAUCCUUUAACCACAUCAACCAAUAUGCCUCAGAAAUUGUCUAUUGUUGUCGUUGGAGACGGCGCUGUCGGCAAAUCAGCCCUGACAUUGCGUUUUCUGAGAGACCAAUUCCAUGACGAAUAUGAUCCUACGAUCGAAGACUCAUACUGUAAACAUAUUGAAGUGGAUGGCCAAGAAUACACUCUUGACAUCAACGACACAGCUGGCCAACAUGAAUAUCGUGGCCAUUGGAACGAUCAAUUCUUUAGGUCUGGAGAUGCAUUCAUUUGCGUGUACUCUGUUGCUUCCAUGGGCUCGUUCCAGGAAUUAGUCGGUUUCUGUAAUCAAAUCUGGCGCGCCAAAGAGAGUCCCAACACACACAUCCCUAUGAUUAUUGUCGGUAAUAAAUGGGACCUGGCCCUACAAGGCGAGAGGCAGGUCCCUACAGAAGUCGGCGCUCGAUUUGCAGAAGAUUCUAAUGCACUCUUUGUAGAGGCGAGUGCAAAGACAGGUCUUAAUAUCAACGAAAUGUUUUAUGGGCUUGUCCGUGAGGUUGCACGCCAACGAGGAAGAAAGAGCCGUGACCAUAGUAUCCGUAGUUAUACCACCGUGACAACUGGUUCUACAAGUAAUGGCCGUACUUCAAAGAAAAAGGGUUCCAACGCACCUUCAUACUCGGAAAAAUAUCCAUCUGCAUUUGCAUCCAUGACAAAGACACCAACGACAACAACGAUAGCCUCCUCAGUCUCUGCGAUGACAACCUCCACAAAGGGCUACUCCAAGUAUGCAACUCCAUCACCAUCCCAACCUGGAUCUCAGAAAUCGAGCAAAUUCUUGAAGAUUAAGGAAAAAUCAGAAAAGAAGAGAACUGAGAAGAGAUCUAAACAGGGGGAUGAUGUAAAAAAAUCUUUAAAAUGCUGCACAAUUAUGUAA